AUGAACCUUAGGCUCGUGGAAUCCGAGCUUGUUGAUCCAGCUACUGCACCACUGCUUCUAUGGCUCAAUGGUGGACCAGGAUCCAGCUCUUUGGAAGGUUUAUUUUUUGAGAAUGGACCGUUCAGGAUUGGGAAAGACGGCUUUACUGUGACAAGCAAUCCUUAUUCGUGGAAUAAGUUCGCUAACGUACUGUACUUGGAAUCUCCAGUAGGUGUUGGGUACUCGUAUUCAACAGAUGGUGUAUUGCCACAGUAUUCAGAUGAAUUG